AUGAAAUUCCUCAUCGUUCUCGCCGUCGCCGUGGCUUGCGCCAGCGCUGAUGUGUCUCACAUCGUCACCCCCGACUACCAGGUCCCCAUCGUCAAGUCCAACUUUGACAACAAACCUGAUGGCACCGGAUUCAAUUACGCCUUCGAAGCCGGCAACGGUAUCGUCCAGGAAGCCCAAGGUGUUGUCAAGAACCCCAACAGCGAAGCCGCUACCCUCGAAGUUACAGGAAACGUGAAAUACACAGCCCCUGACGGUACCCCAGUUGAGCUUUACUACAUCGCCAACGAAGCUGGAUACCAGCCAACCGGAAGCCACGUCCCCAAAGUCCCAGAGCAUGUUCUCCGCGCCCAAGAGUACAUCGCCAGCCACACACCUUUUGUCCAGGCUGCAGCAAAGAAGUUCUAA